AUGCACCCGCAAAGGCAUGGCACUCCUACUCACCGCACUCACCUUCUCUGCACUCACCCUCCCAUCACCGCACUCACCUUCUCUGCACUCACCCUCCCAUCACCGCACUCACCUUCUCUGCACUCACCCUCCCAUCACCGCACUCACCAUCUCAGCACUCACCCUCCCAUCACCGCACUCACCAUCUCAGCACUCACCCUCCCAUCACCGCACUCACCAUCUCAACACUCACCCUCCCAUCACCGCACUCACUAUCUCAGCACUCACCCUCCCAUCACCGCACUCACCAUCUCAGCACUCACCCUCCCAUCACCGCACUCACCUUCUCUUCACUCACCCUCCCAUCACCGCACUCACCAUCUCAGCACUCACCCUCCCAUCACCGCACUCACCAUCUCAGCACUCACCCUCCCAUCACCGCACUCACCCUCCCAUCACCGCACUCACCUUCUCUUCACUCACCCUCCCAUCACCGCACUCACCAUCUCAGCACUCACCCUCACGGCACUCACCAUCUCAGCACUCACCCUCCCAUCACCGCACUCACCAUCUCAGCACUCACCCUCCCAUCACCGCACUCACCAUCUCAGCACUCACCCUCCCAUCACCGCACUCACCAUCUCAACACUCACCCUCCCAUCACCGCACUCACCCUCCCAUCACCGCACUCACCUUCUCUUCACUCACCCUCCCAUCACCGCACUCACCAUCUCAGCACUCACCCUCACCGCACUCACCAUCUCAGCACUCACCCUCCCAUCACCGCACUCACCAUCUCAGCACCCACCCUCCCAUCACCGCACUCACCAUCUCAGCACUCACCUCUCACAGAACCUACCUUUUGCAUAG